AUGGUGGCGAUUCGAAUCCGAAGAGCAAAACCUAUUCUCUCCAUCCGUAACGCCUCCACCCGAUUCGUCCACUCCUCUUCAUCCCACCCGUCCAUCGCCUCAUCGAUGGUGUCCGAUCUCCCACAUCUCGCCCCCGAUGACGAGGCCGUCGUCUCCUCCGCCGUCUCCAUCUUGCGGGAGCUCCGCUCCAAGCGCCGCUGGACCUUCCUCAAGUCCGUCCACCUGGCCGGCUUUUCGACCGCCCAGUUCGCUCACAUCCUCCUCCGCAUCCGCAACAACCCGCGCCUCGCCCUCGGCUUCUUCAUCUUCUCACGCCGCCACUCCCUCUGCCGCCACGACCCCCUCUCCUUCGCCGCCGCCGCCCACGUCCUCGCGCGCCACCGUCGCCGCCCCGCUGCCCUCUCCCUCCUCCAGGCUGCCGUCCGCUCCCUCGACCCCUCCUCCUCCCCCUACACCGACGUCGAGGGGAUCAACGGCCCGCCGGAGAUCUUCAGAACCCUAUCGAGGACCUAUCACGCCUUCGACUCAGCUCCCUUCGUCUUCGACCUCCUCGUGCAGGCUUACCUCCAAGUCAAGCGGCUCGAUCGGGCGGUCCAGAUCGUUCGGAUCCUGAGAUCCCGCGGCAUCCAGCCGUCCAUCGGCACCUCCAACGCCUUGAUCCGAUCGGUGUCUCGCGCGAAGGGAUCGGAUGCCGGCUUCCAAAUUUACAACCAUAUCUUCAAACCAGAACCUGCUGGCUGCGAUGGAGUUGGUGUUAAGCUUAGGGUUUCUCCCAAUGUGGGGACCUUUAACACCCUUCUCCUUGCUCUCCAUCGAGAAGGGAAUUUGGAGAGACCGAAGGAGAUCAGAGACGAGAUGGAGAGUGUUGGAUGCGAUCCAAACGUCUUCACCUACAGUAUUCUAAUGGCUGGAUACUGCGACGAAGGCAUGAUGGAUAGUGCGAGAGGAUUGUGGGAAGAAAUGGCAGCCAAGGGAAUCAAACCUGAUAUCAUGUCAUUCAACACUUUGAUCAGUGGUUACUGCAAGGUAGAAGAGAUGGAGAGGGCCGAAGAUCUCUACAGACAGAUGAUAUUGAGUGAGAUCGAGCCGACCGUGACCACGUUCGAGCAGUUGAUUAAGGGCCAUUGCAAGAUUGGAGAUAUCGAUUCCGGGCUUCUUCUGUACCAGGAUACGAGGAGGAGGGGAUUUGGGAUGGAGGUCUCAGUUGUUGAUGAGUUGCUUGUAGCAAUGUGUGAGAGGAGGAGGGUUGCAGAGGGGUUGAGAAUUUUGAGAGAUGAGAUGAGGAGAGAAGAGUUUACGCCGAGUCGGUUGAGCUAUGAGGUGUUGAUCAGAGGUCUGUGUGAAGAAGGGGAUAUCGAGCAGGCAUUGAAGCUUCAGGCUGAGAUGGCUGGUAAAGGGUUUGGAAACAGCUUCGAGGUCUAUAGUGCAUUCAUACAUGGAUACAGGAAGCAAGGGGAUAUCGAGAAGGUAGAGAGAUUAAAGGAUGAGAUGAUUGUGAUGGGUGUAGGAAAAGGAGAGUAGGUAUCACUGAUCGGAAACAAGCCACCUUUGUUCAUAAGUUCUACGCUCGCUGUGCCAUUGCCAUGAGUGUGGAAGUCAGAAGUUAAUGCAAUUCCGCAACAUGUUGAUGGCUUCAUAUUGAUUGGUGGGGUUCACUGUUUCUGUACAAGUACAUGAAAUUUGUAUAGUAUGGGGAGCAGGAAGAUGCACAAAUAAUCUUUAUCAUCACACAAAAUACUGAUGCAGCAUUUGCAAAAGAUUGCUUUGCAGGAGAAGAACAGCAACAUCAAUGUCAAUUAAAUGGUUUGGCAGUAGGAUGUGAAAUAAAUGGGCUAGCAUCUGUCUGUCAUAUGAGCUUCAAAAAAUUCUGCAGGUGAUUGUUUCUGCAGCAAAUAAAUGUUGAAGUAAUAACCAAGACCAGGGGAAAGAUAGUGGGUCUUGAUGAACCUCUUGCGAAGCUAUGUAUCAGAUGGUCGGCUAGAGAUGUCUGGUGAUCCUCUCCCCAUUCUGAGCCUUUAAACAUUAUGUUUUGAAGCUUCAUUGUAAAAGCAUGAAGAUGAACUGAAUUUUCUUUCUGAGCUUGUAUUGAUUAGAAGGAAACUAAUACUGACAAUACAGGAUACUCGAAUU